AUGGCGUUCGAGUGGGCCGGGAGUGCUGAUGCGAGGCGCAAAAAGGCCGGACGCGGAAUGGGAGGGCCUCCGUCAUGCGGGGGUGGGAGUGGCGGGAGGGUCGUCGGCGCUGCUGGCGGGCGAGGCGGGAACGCGGACGGCAGCGAGGGCGAGGGCGGGCGUGGGAACGAGGUGCCCCAGAAAGGCAAGGCAGGGAAAAUAUUGAGCGCGGGAACUGGCAAAAUCGGGUCGGCAAAAGCGUCUGAGCGGGUUAUUUGGACUCGUCCUCUAACGUGGUCGGGUGCGGUCCGUGCCCUCCUCAGGCCUCAGCUCCAGACGACGUCCUCUGCCUCCUCCUCGCCACCGUCCGCAUCCUCGCGGUCGCUCUCGCCAUCCUCCUCGCCGCCGCGUUCCCUCGCCCAGGUGGAUGACUACGCCGCGGCACUCUUCGUUCGCCAUCCCCUCAUAUAUCCUAGGCGUCCUAUGGAACUUCCGACGUCCUCCGUCCGAGGGUAUAACGAAGCCAUCACUCGUCCUUGGUCUCCUGUAGCCCAGUCUGCCUCGGGCACCGUCCUCAACCGCUCUGCUUCAUCCUCCACCACCCUUGAUCUCAGCCCCCACCCGUCCUCUCUCCCCUCCUCCGCCCACUCAUCCCCCUGGCCUGCCCAGCCCCCCCUCACUAUCCCCGGCUCUUCUCCAUCUGCCCCCUUCAUGCUUCAACACUCUGUCCCCUCUGCUGCGCCUCAUCCUGGCGAUACUUCGGCACAGCACAGUUCCAUCUCAUCCUUGCCGAACCAAGAAUGGGGGAACGUGUUCUCCUCGCCGCUCGACCCUGCAACGUUUGCCGCCCUCGCCGCUUCUGGCGUGCUGGGACCCCCUACCGGCGGAGUCCCUUCUAGUAUGCCCGCCAGAUAUAGCCGUUCGUCGCCACAGUUCUCCAUGAAUCCUCGCAUUACUCCGCUCAACACGAAAGACAUCGGCCGGCCGAGUGCUGGGCAGGGCGCACCGCAGUCAUGGUCCAAUGUCCCCUCUCCGUAUUCCUCUACCCCCUCAUCAUCGCAACGAGCCUCACCCCUUCAUUUUCGACCUGGUCCCGGAAACAAUCCGUACAGCAAGAGAAAAUCUCCUGUGAGCGGUAUGCCUCCAUACGGGCCCGCUAAUAUACGACCGUCGACUUCCGUCUCUAACAGCAUGGCUUCAUAUAACGUUCAUAGCAGACGCAGUUCAUUGAGCCAGCAGAUGACUGGAUCCGACCUUGCGGGCCCUAGUGGCCGCUACGAUGCACAUCUCGGCUCCCUGAACGAAUCGCACUUGGACGGUUUCUCGCCAUCAUUUCACGCACCCCUACCGUCUGUGGAUCUCAACUCUGGCGCGCACUUCCCAAGUGAACGGCAUGAACUGACUCUCCCUCCGUCAUUAUAUAUGUCUCCAGCCUCAGUGCCUACUCCCUCCGUCGUUUCUCUGGCGGAAGCCCCAUACCCACUUUUGACGCAGCUAGCAGUACCGCAGCAUGGAUCCACUACCGAUUCAUUAUCAGGGUCAGCACAGAGCCCCACGAAUCUCUCCUUAUAUGGUGAUCAGAACAAAUCGAGUGCACCUACAUCAGCUAGCAGCCCAAAGGAACGCAUGUUGUCGGAUUUGUUCACUGAUGAUCUCUUCCCACGUAAUUCACCGCUGGAUGGCCAAGGCUCUCAGAACUUCCCUUCUCCACGGUUGUCUGGGUCGCCCGAUCUGAAAUCUAUAGAGCUGGCAAUGGUGGACGCGGAUCCUGAGAAGUUGGCCAAGGAAGAUCCACUGGCGACUCAAGUUUGGAAAAUGUAUGCGCGUACUAAAGCCACUCUGCCCCAUGCACAGAGAAUGGAGAACAUAACAUGGCGGAUGAUGGCGCUAGCUUUGAAGAAAAAGAAAGAGGACGAAGACAGGAUGAAGGAGUUGGAUCAGAGGCUGCAGGACGGUCAUCAUUUCGACGGCUCUGGCCAAUUGUCCGUUGGCGGCGAAACGAUUUUGAUCAAGGAGGAACCGGCUGAGCGAGGAAGAACGACUGACAAGGGGAAAGCGCGAGUGCAGGUCGUUGGCUUCGAUGGCGCGAAUCAAGAUGGUGUGGAGGAUGGAGAUGAGAUGCUAAUGGAUUGGAGGGCCUUGAGUAGGUCUCGUUCUCGUGCGCCAAUGGAUUGGCGCCCGGCAAGUCGCUCACGCUCACGACCACCCUUGGCUGGAGUGGGGCUUGAUCAGACCAGCCAUAUCAAGUUUCCCUCAUCGUCGCCUCCAAAGGGUUCAGCCAUGUCUCAUCACAUACCCAUUCCAGGCACAUCGUCCUUUGGUCGUCGAAGUCCGCAUCCAGGCCUGUCCGCUGUGCUCGAGUCGGGUGAUGUACACGGGUUGGGGUCUGUCGAGUCGUUUUCCGCCUUGAACAGCCCAUCGCAUCAUCCAUCCUCCCUCCCUUCAUUCGGUUUGCACGGUCUUUCUAGAUUAUCGACGUCCACAGCUACUUCGCCUGAGCAGCGUACCUUCCCUAAGCAUGUCCGGAAAACAAGCUUUGAUCAUACUGUGACGAGGGAAGGCAUAUUUACCGGGGUGAGUGGUCGACACCAAGUCAACGGGAAGCCAUUGUCGCCUGAAAGUCUUAUUGGAAUCAAGCGACGUGCAGAUGCGCCACACGCAGACGGAAUGCUUCGCGGUGACCUCCCUGUCAUCCCACCUCAAGAGCAUAUCGAUCCUUCCGAGUCUGAGCCAUUCCGGCGUAACAGUCCCUUCCCUUCAUCUUCGUUCAACUUUACUUUCCCAAGUUAUGACACAUUCUUUGACCUGUCCAGUGCGCCACCAACCAACCUCCCGCCUCCAACUCUUCCCUCUGUGAAAGAUCUUCGGCCAUCGGACAGUCUUUCAUAUCAUGAUCCAUUACGAGCUUCCUUUCACGACAAUUUCCCCGCGCCAAUUGGCCCCGGAGCAGAGACGCUCUCACCUGCAGCUGUGGCAGCCUCCGCUGCAGUGGCAGAAGGCUUUGCGCACAUGAACGUCCUAGAACAACCGUUGGAUUACAACCAUCUAGUUGGCAUGAUGUAUCCUGGCCUUGACGGUAGUUCCGGAAUGGGCCCAUUUACUCAUGUUGAUCCACAUCAUAUUCUACCUGUGGACACCCAAGAGAAUUCUUUCCAGAAUUUCCAUCCCAGUCCAUCCAGCGACGGCUGGGGGAACGGUGUGAACUCCAGCUCCAAUGCUUCGCCUGAGCCUUACCACUCGUCGACGGCAUCUACGCCACCUUCCGCGGAGAAUGGCGCAGGUUCGCGCAAUCCGCCACGCAAGAUUGCGUCGUCGAAACGUGUGGUGCAGGACACGCGGGCCACUAACAGAAAGACUAGCCCUGAGGUUUCUACCACGGCGAGGGGCGCGGGGGGCGCGGGAGAAGAUGGUGACCAGAGCCCCACUGUUUGUACCAACUGCCAGACCACAAAUACACCCCUUUGGCGCAGGGACCCGGAGGGCCAGCCCUUGUGUAACGCGUGCGGCCUGUUCUACAAGUUGCAUGGUGUGGUUAGGCCAUUGUCUCUGAAGACGGAUGUUAUCAAGAAGAGGAAUCGAGCGUCUGGCACCCCGCACAGUACAUCCCGCAAGGGUGCAUCUGCCCUGCCCAGGAUCACGUCCUCCGCUACUCGACCGCGGGCUGCAACAACGAGUUCGAUGCCAAUGGGUCUUCACGGCACCCGAAUGUCCCCCACGACACGAAUAGGGUUGGGCUCUCCGGGUAACGUCUCUAUGAAGCGGCAGCGACGGACUUCUACCAGCGCCUCGACGCAGUCGUCCAGCCGUAAGACUGGUGACGAUGGCGUCGGUGCCUAG